AUGGCUCGGCACAUCACCGUGGCGCUUCUGAGUGGCAGCAGCGUGACGCUGCAGCUGGAGGAGACCGCGACGGUCUCAGAGCUCCGAUCCCAAGCCGAAGAGGAGCUGCGAGAACGGAAGUGGCUGGAGCCUGCAGCCUGCCUCCGCUGGCUGGUCACUACCAACGGCACGAAGCUCCCACCUGCAGAACAACUGGCCGCAGCCUUCCAAGAUCUCAAUCUGGGGGCGGAGGUCACUUUGACAGGCAUCACAGCGAGAAGCCGCAGGGUGAAGUCUGGCCGUGCAUACGCUGAGCUGGCUGGUGAUGGCUCGGUGAGGACCUGGGGCAAGGCAUCAGCGGAAGGCCCCGAGCUGCCAGCGGGCCUGCGGGACGUGAAGGAGCUCCACGGCUCGGACGACGGGGCUUUCGCCGCGCUCCAAGAGGAUGGCUCCGUGGUAACCUGGGGACAUCCGGACAAGGGUGGCGACAGUGAGGUGGUGCAUGCACAACUUCACGAUGUCACGACGAUUGAAGCCACGUCGUUCGCCUUCGCCGCGCUACGCUCGGAUGGUCUGGUCGUGACAUGGGGCCAUCCGAAUCGAGGCGGCAUCGUCAAUGGCUUCCAUGAGCUUGCAGAUGUCACGGGAAUCAAGGGCAACUUCCGUGCCUUCGCCGCCAUCCGCGCGGAUGGCUCUGUGACGACCUGGGGCCAAGCGGGCUUUGGCGGCGAGAGCCAGGGUGUCAGCGAGCAGCUGAAGGAUGUAUUUCAGAUUGAAGCUACGAGUGGCGCGUUCGCUGCGUUGACGCGGGACGAAGACGUGGUAACCUGGGGCAUGGCGCUGGCUGGAGGCGACACCGCGGCAUUCCGGGACCAACUCCAAGGAGUCUCGAAGAUUUGUGCCGGCUCCCUGGCCUUCGCUGUGCUUCGGAAGGAUGGCAGCGUGGUGACCUGGGGCCACGCCGAGUUCGGAGGAGACAGCCGCGAAGUUCAAGACCGCCUCAAAGACGUCAGGGACCUUGUGUCAUCUGGUGGCGCUUUUGCUGCUCUUCUUGCUGAUGGAUCGGUAGUGGCCUGGGGCUUCGCAGAGUCCGGGAGCGACAUCUCAGAGGUGGCAGAGCUUCUGCAAGGUGUUCGGCACCUGGCAGCAGAGCCACCCUCCAGCUUCGUUGCGACGCUGUCCACCGGCGAAGUGGUCCGCUGGGGGGCCGAGGCCGUGCCAGUGGCUUUGCAGCUUCUCUGGAUCUGA